AUGAAUAAUUCACACUCAGUCUUGGUCCAGGUCCAGUCUUGGUUCAGUCCUGGUCCAGUCCUGGUCCAGUCCUGGUCCAGUCCUGGUCCAGUCCUGGUCCAGUCCUGGUUCAGGUGUGUUCUCGUCCUCCAGCAGACAGAGGGCGCUCUCCCGUACCUGUUGGUUCUCUGUGGGGAUCACGGGAUGUCGGAGAGCGGAGGUCACGGCGGCUCCUCCGACCCCGAGGUCAACACGGCCCUGCUCCUGCUCAGCCCCGCCUUCAGGAGGAAAGAGGGGAUGCAGCGCCCCCUGGAGGUGGAGCAGGUGGACUUGGCUCCGUCUCUGGCUCUGGGUCUCGGUCUCCCGGUGCCUCAAAACUCUGUGGGACGAGUCCUGCCCCAGAUCCUGGAGGGACUGAGUCUGAGAGACCAACUGAGACUCCUGCACCUGAACGGACACCAGCUCAACCGCCUGCUCCGAGACAGUCUGCCAGAACACCAGAGAGAGUCGGGCUGGGAGCAGUUCCGUGUGGCGGAGCGAGCCCACGGGAGCUGGGUCAGUCUGUAUCUGGAGGGAAACACGUCGGAGGUUCUUCAGAACGUGGGUCAGAAGGUCCUGAAGCAGUACCUCCAGGCUCUGGCCUCCAUGAGCGCCGCGCUGAGCCGCCAGCUCGGCCGCUACGACAUGUACGCCAUGACGGCGGGACUGAGCCUCGCGCUGCAGUUGGUGUUGCUGCUGGUGCUGUCGAUGCCCGAGUGCCUGAGCGGCGCCGCCCUGGUGGACGUGCCGGUGGCGUCGUCGGUGGCGUCGCUCCCGUUCCUGUUGGUGUGUGUGCUGCUGGGGGGCGUGCACGUGUGGGUGUGCACGUCGGCUCACGGCGGGUGUUUCCUGUGCUCGCUGCCCUGGAGCCUGAGCUUCUGUGUGAUCGGCCUGAUGGGGGCGCUGUGCUGCAUGACCGGAGCGCUGCUGGUCAGGAGACUACCGUUUGGGCCGUUUGUGUCACACCCUCUUCCUCCUCUUCCUUCUUCUUCUUCUUCUUCGUUCUCGGAGCUCGACCUGCUGCUCGUCUGUGGGACUCUAGGCCACGCCCUCCUGCUGGGCUCCUCCUCCUUCGUGGAGGAAGAACACCAAAUAUGGUACUUCCUGCUGAACACUCUGUGCCUGGCGCUGUUCCAGGACGUGUGCCGCCGAUACUUCAGAGAGCGCCCGCACCCCCCCGACACACAGACUGGACUCAGACUGGACUCAGACUGGACUCAGACUGGACUCAAACUGGACUCAAACUGGACUCAGACUGGACUCAGACUGGACUCAGACUGGACUGGACUAGAGCAGUUGAAGGGCACGGUGGAGGCUCGGUUCGUCUUCGUCUUCGUUUUGGGCGUCCUGUUCUCGGGGACUAAAGACCUUCUGGGGUCUCAGUUCCGGCCGAGUCCGGGUCUUCGGCGCCGGGGUCUGUGGGAGGUCUACGCCGGUCUGGUCCUGGUGGCGGCGCUGUUGCUCCGCCCACACAACCUGCCCGUCCUGUGCGGCUCGCUGCUCGUCCAGACGCUCCUGACGCGCUUCGUGUGGCGCCCGCUGAAGUACGACGCCGCCCAAGUCACCAUCAUGCACUACUGGUUUGGACAGGCCGCCUUCUACCACCAGAUCUGAACAUUAAUAAUGGACCAAUCAGACGCCUUCUUUCCCUGAGGCCCCGCCCCCUAGCAACAGGUUUGAUUGACAGCGUUGAAUAAAAACACAUGAUUCUGAAUAUUGUGUCAGUGCAGUUUUUGUUUUGAGCCUCGUUUAAACUGUUUCCUCGUCACAUUUGUUCAGUGUCUCGUUUUACGUCACAGUAAAUGACCUUUAGAAAAGUUACAGAGUAGAGCUUUAAAACGCUGACUUCCCUCUGCUGAACUUUAGUUGUAGAACAAACAUAAAUCACAGACUCUU